AUGGGAGAAUUCCAACCCCCCUCGAGUCCACUCCCUACACCAGUCUUCACACCCCCCCAAUCAUCUCGUCACGUCCCACCACCAUCCGAAACCCCCGCCCCUCCACCCACCGAAGCAACAACCCCCUCACCAACCCCCUCAUCACCCACGCAAUCCAUCUCCUCCACCACCUUCCCCCUCCCAAAACUCCGUCUCGAAAUCCGAGAUCUAAACCACAAAGGCGCCCCCAUCUUCCUCACCGCCGUACCAGCAAGCAACGCCCUCCAAAAAUCCAUCCAAGAUGUCCUCAAACUCCUCUACGUCUCCCCCACCACAAAAACCAGCACCGUCCCUCCCACACGCUCCGUAACUCUCAUCCUCCGCUCUAUGCCCGGAGUAGCCUACACAACCGGCACCGAGCUCGACGCAGAGCACAAAGAGAUCCACUUCUCCCUCGACUACAUCCAGAAUUCCAUCACCGCCCCACGGCGAGAACACGAGAUAAUGGGUGUCCUGACGCACGAGAUGGUGCAUUGCUACCAAUACGACGCAUUUGGCACUUGCCCAGGGGGACUGAUCGAGGGAGUGGCGGAUUGGGUACGCCUACAUGCUGGAUUAUCGCCGCCGCAUUGGAAGAAAGAGGCGAGUGGGAAGUGGGACGCGGGGUAUCAGCAUACGGGGUAUUUUUUGGAGUACCUGGAGCAGAGGUUUGGGAGGGGGCUGGUAAGGAGGUUGAAUGAGAAGUUGAGGAUUGAGAAGUAUCAGGAAAAGAGGUUUUGGACGGAGCUUUGUGGACGGCCGGUUGAGUUGUUGUGGGCGGAUUAUGGGAAGAGUUUUAAGAAGGAGAAGGGUAGAAAUGAGGAGGAGGGGAAGGAAGGGGAGGGGAGAAAUGAGGAUGAGGAGUGCGUUAUGGUGGAGAAGGAGGAUACGACUAUACCUACUAAGAAAGGAUUUCAUGCGGAACCGAAAUCGACGUCUACGAAUCCACGAGUAACCUAA